UCUGUCACUGCCUAAAAUCUUGUAACGAUGAAAUUUUUCAAUCUCACAACCGAAGAUUAUGAAGUAUUUUCCCACAGGAAUGAAAGCUGAAUUUUAAGUGACAACUAGAAAACUUUCCCCAAAUGGAAGCUGACCUCGACUCGUUACUUGAUUCACACCUUUCCGAUUCCGACGACGAUUCCAACUCCGUCGUCCCUCACCGCACCAUCGAUGACAUCCUCAACGAUUCUGAUGCAUCCACGUCAUCCUCCUCGCCCUCAUCCCCUCUCUCCACUCACCGCUCCUCCGAUAACCGCCUUGCCCGGUCGAACAACGUUCCCCAAGAAUUCGUUGAAUCAAUGAAGGAAAGCGACGCCCUUUCGGAUGGACCAGCGGAAUCGUCGAAGCUUAGCCCGUUCAAGCGGAUUGGGGAUCCAAUUUGGAGGGUUCCGUCGACGUCUUCUUCUUCUUCGUCAAAACAGCUGCCGACUCUGUUCGGCGGAGUGAAAUCCAAUGCCAAACCAGGGGCUGCGCUCGCGGCUGCUGCUGCGGCUUCAAGGUCGGUUCCAUCACCACAUGCGGCUGCGAUCAAGUCGAGGAGGGCGGUAAGCAGUGGGGUUCUCCAGAGGGUUGUAGAUAGUGAUGAUCAUGAUGUAAGCUCAUUGAAUGGGGAGUCGGUUGGGGUUAGUUCGAAAUCUAGCGUUUCAGGUGAAAAAUUAGAAAUUGAUGAGUAUAAUUAUGAUAAUAAAAUGGGCGGUUUUCUUCAAUCUGCUGAUGCACAUGAAGGUAACGAGGCUAGUAUUAAUAAAAAUGAGGAAUGUGAAACUGAGGGAGUAGUUCAACAAACUGAUGGUUGUUCUAAGCUUGAUUUUGAUGAGAGCUUGAACAAAGAAGCUACAGUUUUUGGUUCGGAUGAAGUUUUAGAUAAUAAAAUUGACCCUGAUUCUAUGUAUGAGAAUUCUAUUGUUCUUGAUGCCGAUGAUUCAUGUAAAAAGUGUAUGUCUUUACCCGACCUUGAUAAGGAGAUAAAUAUAGUUAAGGACUCGGAGACGAUAGAUUUGGGGAGAGAGAACUUAGCAAGUGAUAUGCCCAGUCAUAAAGAUGGUGAGGAGCAUGUUAGUGGUGGUGAUGAUGCAAGUUCAAUUAGUGACAUUUCAGAGCUUGUAGAGGAGAGAUUGGAGCAACUGGAGAUUGAGAGGAUAAGUAAAAAAGCUGAGAACAAUUCACGUUCUACAAUGAAGCCACUUGAACUGGCUGAGGAGCUUGAGAAGAAACAGGCUUCUACUGGUUUGCACUGGGAGGAGGGUGCAGCUGCUCAACCAAUGCGGCUUGAAGGUGUUAAGAGGGGUUCAACCACAUUGGGAUACUUUGAUGUUGAGGCUAACAAUACAAUCACUCGGACUCUUUCAUCACAAGCAUUUAGGAGUGAUCAUGGCUCCCCUCUAGUUUUGGCAGUUCAUCUGAACUUUAUUGCUGUGGGAAUGACUAAAGGAGUCAUCAUCUUAGUUCCUAGUAAAUACUCCAAUCAUCAUGCUGACAACAUGGAUUCUAAGAUGGUGAUACUUGGUUUGCAAGGGGAUAGGUCCCUUUCCCCCGUAACAUCCAUGUGCUUCAAUCAGCCAGGAGACCUUCUCUUAGCUGGUUACAGUGAUGGUCACGUCACAGUAUGGGAUGUUCAGAGGGCAUCAGCAACAAAAGUUAUUAGUGGAGAACAUAAUGCUCCAGUGAUACACACAUUGUUUCUGGGGCAGGAUUCUCAAGCUACUCGCCAGUUUAAAGCUGUUACAGGUGAUAGUAAAGGCUUGGUGCUGUUACAUGCUUUCUCAGUUGUUCCCUUGCUUAAUAGGUUCUCAAUCAAAACUCAGUGCCUUCUUGAUGGACAAAGAACGAGCACUGUAUUGUCAGCUUCUCCACCUUUUGAUGGAGGCUCUUCUCUGGCUGAAGAAGGUGUGGUCAUAUUUGUCACGUAUCAAAGUGCUCUGGUGGUAAGGCUUACUCCAACAUUAGAAGUUUAUGCACAGCUUUCUAGGCCAGAUGGUGUGCGGGAGGGUUCCAUGCCAUAUACUGCAUGGACAUGUAUGGUGCAUCCUAGUGGUUCUUCAUCAGAAAAUACACCAACAGAAACACGAGAAAGAAUUUCGCUUCUUGCACUUGCAUGGGAUCGGAAAGUUCAAGUUGCAAAGUUGGUUAAAUCAGACCUAAAAGUAUAUGGGAGCUGGUCUCUUGACAGUUCGACCAUUGCUUUGGCUUGGUUGGACGAUCAGAUGAUGGUGGUUCUUACAAUGACAGGAAAACUCAACAUGUUUUCUAGGGAUGGAACCCUGAUUCACCAAACAAGUUUUGCCGUAGAUGGCUUGGGAGGAGAUGAUCUCAUUACAUAUCAUACUCACUUCUUUAAUAUUGGAAACCCUGAAAAAGCUUAUCAUAAUUGUGUAACUGUAAGAGGAGCAUCGUAUAUAUUAGGACCUGCGCAUCUUACUGUCUGCCGACUCCUUCCCUGGAAGGAACGGAUUCAGGUUCUACGGAAAGCUGGUGACUGGAUGGGAGCUUUGAACAUGGCAAUGACACUUUAUGAUGGGCAAGCCCAUGGUGUUAUUGACCUUCCUAGAAACCUGGAUUCUGUGCAAGAGACCAUAAUGCCAUAUCUUGUAGAGUUACUUUUGUCAUACGUAGAUGAAGUGUUUUCCUAUAUUUCAGUGGCAUUUGGUAAUCAAAUUGGUAAAAUGGAGCAGCCAGAUGACGGGGAAAGUAGAAAUGGUUCUGUGCAUUCAGAAAUAAAAGAGCAAUUCACACGUGUUGGUGGUGUUGCUGUUGAAUUUUGUGUACAUAUCAGGAGAACCAACAUUCUUUUUGAUGAAAUUUUCUCCAAAUUCGUGGCUGUUCAGCAACGAGAUGCAUUUUUAGAGCUUUUGGAGCCAUACAUAUUGAAGGACAUGCUUGGAUGUUUGCCUCCUGAGAUAAUGCAAGCACUGGUAGAGCAUUACAGCAGCAAAGGAUGGUUGCAGCGAGUUGAACAGUGUGUUCUCCACAUGGACAUUUCAUCCUUGGACUUCAAUCAGGUUGUCAUCUUAUGUCGGGAGCAUGGUUUGUAUGGUGCUCUGGUGUAUCUUUUCAACAAAGGAUUAGAUGAUUUCAGGGCACCUUUAGAGGAGUUGUUUGUAGUUUUACGAAAUACUAAAAGAGAAAGUGCUUCUGGCCUUGGGUACAGGAUGCUUGUUUACUUGAAGUUCUGCUUUAAGGGUCUUGCUUUUCCACCAGGCCAAGGUGCUCUUCCACCGUCACGCUUGUCGUCUUUGAGGACAGAACUUCUACAGUUUUUGUUAGAGGUCUCUGAUGGCCAGGAUAAAAAAUCAGCUUCAACCUUGGCUUUUGAAGGGGCAUACCUUAAUCUGUUUUAUCUCUUAGAGUUGGAUACUGAGGCCACAUUAGAUGUUCUCAAAUGUGCUUUCAUAGAAGAGAAAUCCCCUGAACUGGACUCCUCUUUUUCUGAAUCUGGAGAUGCAAAUGUGGAAGCUAAAAAGGGGAAAGUUUUGAUGACUGAUUCUGAAAUGGUGUUGGUUCAGAAAACCAUCGAUGCUCUGGUUAAUGUUCUUGAUAAGAAUGUCCCUAGAACAGAGGGGUCUGCAAGUGACGAUGACACCAAAUCUAUUGAAGCAUGGCCUUCAGAAAAGGACAAGGGAUAUCUGUUUGAGUUUAUUGCAUGCUAUGUUGCAUGUGGAAGAGCUAAAAUCCCAAAAACUGUUCUAAAUCAGAUUUUGGAAUACUUGACUUCAGAAAAUAAUAGUUUGCGAAGUGUUCCUACCAUGAGUACUGAAAGCUCCAAAAGAAGAGAGAAGCAAUUACUGGCACUUUUGGAGGUUGUGCCAGAAACUGAUUGGGAUCAAUCCUAUGUGUUACAAUUAUGUGACAAUGCAUGCUUUUACCAGGUUUGUGGCUUAAUUCAUACCUUCAGGCAUCAGUAUCUUGCUGCUCUUGAUAGCUAUAUGAAAGAUGUAGAAGAGCCAAUUCAUGCCUUUGUUUUUAUCAACAAUAUGUUAAUGCAACUGAGCAAUGGGGAUUAUACAAAUUUCAGAUCGGCAGUCAUCUCUCGAAUUCCAGAGCUGAUUAAUUUAAGCAGAGAGGAGACAUUCCUUUUAGUUGUUGACCAUUUUAAUGAUGAAAGUUCACGUAUUCUUUCUGAACUUAAGUCUCAUCCAAAAAGCCUUUUCCUUCACUUAAAGACGACCAUUGAGGUUCACUUAUCAGGCACCCUCAAUUUCUCUUAUUUAAGGGAAGAGAAGAUUGCAGAUUUCUUGAGUGGAAAAAGGGGGAAAGAUUCAGAAAAAGUCCUUGAAGCCUACUUGGAAAGAAUGUCUAAUUUCCCCAAGUUCCUGCGAAAUAAUCCUCCUCAUGUAACUGAUGAUAUGAUUGAGCUUUAUGUGGAGUUAUUAUGUCAGUUUGAACGGGAUUCAGUUCUCAAGUUCUUGGAAACUUUUGAUAGCUAUCGAGUUGAAUACUGUCUCCGCCUGUGCCAGGAACACGGAAUCAUAGAUGCUGCUGCAUAUUUAUUAGAAAGGGUCGGUGAUGUUGGUAGUGCUCUCUUGCUUACACUUUCUAGCCUUAACGAUAAAUUUGCAGAGCUUGAUACUGCCAUCGGAAGUACGGUCUCUAAGGGGUCUUUAGGUAGAUCUGGUAGCAUGGAGUAUUUCAACUCUGUUUUGAAAAUGGAGGAGGUGAAUGACAUACGAACUUUAUUGCAAGCUUGUAUUGAAUUGUGCCAACGGAAUACCCCCCGUUUGAACCCAGAAGAAUCUGAGAUGCUUUGGUUUAGAUUACUUGACUCAUUUUGUGAACCUUUGAUGGGUUCAUACUGCAAUGAAAGGGUAGCUGAGAAGGAAAAUCAUGAAGGACUGAUUGAAUCAUUGGAUUCUCAGGACGAAGAGGAAUGCAUAAUCAAGUGGAGGAUCCCAAAAUCUCAUAAAGGUGGUCAUAUAUUGAAGAAAUUGUUAUCUCAGUUCAUCAAAGAGAUUGUUGAGGGAAUGAUAGGAUAUGUCCAUCUUCCAACAAUUAUGUCAAAACUCCUAUCUGAUAAUGGUGGCCAGGAAUUUGGAGAUUUUAAGCUUACCAUAUUGGGAAUGCUGGGAACUUAUGGCUUUGAAAGAAGAAUUCUGGAUACUGCCAAAUCUUUGAUCGAGGAUGACACAUUUUACACCAUGAGCCUACUGAAGAAGGGAGCUUCUCAUGGAUAUGCCCCUCGAAAUUUACUGUGCUGCAUUUGCAACAGCCUUCUUACCAAGAAUUCUUCUAGCCUCCGUGUCCGGGUUUUCAGCUGUGGUCACUCAACUCAUCUUCAAUGCGAGCUUCUGGAAAACGAGGCAUCAACCAAGGGCUUGUCAUAUGGAUGCCCUGUUUGUUUGCCCAGGAAGAAUACUCAGAAAUCUAGAAACAAAUCUGCUCUUACAGAGAAUGGUUUAGUUAGUUCGGCUCCCUCAAGACACCCACCUGCACAAGGAUCAACAUCACAUCCUCACGAAAAUGAUGCUUUAGAUAAUUCUCAUGGCCUUCAGCAGAUAUCUCGGUUUGAGAUUUUAAAUAAUCUUCAAAAAGACCAGAGAUUAGCUCAGAUAGAAAAUUUGCCUCAGUUGAGGCUUGCACCCCCUGCAAUUUAUCAUGAAAAGGUGAAAAAAGGAAGUGGAGCUUUAGCAGGGGAAAGCAGCAGUCAAGUUGGUGCAAUCCAAAAACCAAGUAAAAACAGGCAACUCAGGGAGCUAAAGUUAAAGGGACCAUCUCUUAGAUUCCCUCUAAAAUCAAGUAUAUUUGGUAAGGAGAAAACAAGCAAACCAUAGGAGAAUUGGCUUGUAAACCAUAAUGUAGAUUGAACUAACCUUAAAGCUUGUCCGAUAGCCAUUGAGAAAAA